AGAAAGUGCCAACAUGGCGUUUACUCUGUACUCUCUCAUCCAGACCGCGAUUCUCUGCGUCAACGCCAUCGCUGUGCUGCACGAAGAGAGGUUCCUCAGCAAAAUGGGAUGGGGCGUGGACCAGGGGGUCGGAGGCUUCGGGGACGAUCCAGGAGUCAAAGCCCAGAUCCUCAAUCUCAUCCGCUCAGUCCGGACCAUCAUGAGAGUACCGUUAAUCAUCGUGAAUUCUGCCUCCAUUGUCCUCUUGCUGCUGUUUGGUUAACACCAGGACAAAAUCUGUGGACCGGACAAGAGCCAACGAACAACUACACACAGACGCACACUAAAAUGUGUGUAAUCUAGAGACUUCUGCCGUUGCUGCUCUUCAGCAGCGCGGACAAUGUUUUAACGGUUGUCAGGGGAACAGAGGAAAAGAAGAAACAGAGACAAACUUGUUCAGAGCUGAAUCAUUAAAGGAUUCAAAUUCAACAAUGCAACAUGCAUCAGCCGCUGACCUGCCUGUUGUCAGCGAGACGCCACAUGGACCAGACCUGAAAGUAUUGUGUGUUUUACAGGAUCACAUGUUUCAUCACAGACACAUUGAAGUGAAUCUGUUUGAGUGAUUUCAUGAUAAUAUAAGUCAUGUUUUACUUUAGAGUUAUAGAGGAGGAGCCUGUUACUUUUUUAUAGAUAUGACAAAUGUCAGCAGCAGUAUUUCCUGUUUCACUUCACACACACACAAACACACACACACACUACAUUGAUGAGAUGGACUCUGUAACCAAGCAGAUGUCAGUGUUCAGAUCUGAUUCCAACGAACCACCAAAGGUGCUUUAAGAUGUUUUUUGGAGAUCCUAAAUGAUGUUGCUGCCAAAAUUUCUACCUGUAACUUGAACAAUUUUUGUAAACAUAGACAUCUGUGACAGACAGAAGCAGAUAUUUGAGAUUUGUCGAAAAGUCUCCUACUUUUUAAGAAGUUUUUCCUAUUCGUCCUGCAGAACUUUGGUGGAUAAGAGUUAAAAGCUCAGUGUUUGAUUGAAUAUUUGUCAUGUGAACUUGAAGCAAUACGGCCAAACCAAACUCAAAACAUUGAACCUUUGUACUGUUUACACAUAAGUACUGUCCCAAUGUCACAGACAUUACUGAGAUGGUAUCUUGAGGUAUUAAAAUGAUUAUUUACUGAAAUUCAUUGUCUCAGUUUUUUUUCUGUGUGGCAGCGGGGGAAUAAUGGAACAUCUGAAAAAACAAAUUUUGGAGUCAUGAAAACGUUUUAUUAUCUUUUAUUGUUUAAUGUCUAACACUUUAAUAGAAUCACUGAAAUAAAUACAAAUAAACUUCUUCAAAAUGUA